GUGAAAAGGCUUCUUUUAAAAAUUUAAAAUUAAGAUGUUGAAACAUAUAACAAUUUUACUUCUUAAAUGUUCCAUUUUUCUUGUCUUUCGCCAUUUCUUUUGGUGUCGAUUGCCUCACUAAUUCAGUCUGUAUCUAAGACCGUUGUUAACAAUUAUUAAAGCUUGGUAUUUUAAUAAAAAGAAAAUUAAAAGAAGAAAAGAUAUCUGAAAAACACAAAAGAUUGGUUAAUAUUUCCCACUUUUCGGAAAAAAAAAAAAGUAGCCAAGGAAAAAAAAAAAAAAAAAAAAAAAAAAAAAAAAAAAAAAACAGUUGUGUAAGACAAAGUGUUUUUCCUACUUAUUUGAAAUAUUAUAGAAGUAUUGAAAUGAAAUCUUGAAAAACCCAGAAACUUUGCUCAGAGUUAGCAUUGCUCUAAGGGUUUAUAAAAUAAGCUAGGAUUCAAACCAGAACAUGGGUUUGACAGCCAUUUCAGUUCAAUUCCAACAGCAACCGCCAACGCUUCCUCCAAAUUCAAGUUUUAAUACAUGGGUCGGAUCCUCUGCCAAACGUAUCACCGUUUCUCUUAAGCAAUUACACAAACAGGUUGACCCCAUUGUUCCAUGGACAUCUUCCAUUGCUCGCCAUUGCAAAAGUGGGAAUCUCUCUCAAGCAGUGAAAGAAUUUACCAGAAUGCGACUCUCGGGAGUUGAACCCAAUCAUAUAACUUUCAUUACUCUUUUAUCUGCAAUUUCUCAUUACCCAUCUCAAGGUCAAUACUUAGCUGCUUCAAUACAUGCUUAUAUAAGAAAAUUGGGUUUUGAUAGGCAAAAUGUCAAGGUGGGUACUGCCCUUGUUGACAUGUAUUGUAAAUGUGCCCUUGUGGAAUUCGCAAGACUGAGUUUUGAUGAGAUUAUUGAGAAAAAUUCCAUGUCCUGGAAUACUAUGAUUGAUGGGUAUAUGAGAAAUGACAUAGUGGAGCAUGCACUCCAACUGUUUGAUGAAAUGCCUGUGAGAGACGCCAUUUCCUGGACUGCUUUGAUUAGUGGGUUUGUAAAAAAGGGUCUUAACGACAAAGCAUUAGUGUUAUUUUGUGAGAUGCAACUUUGUGGGAUUCAGCCUGAUUAUGUAACAAUUAUCGCUGUACUUUCUGCUUGUGCUAAUCUUGGCGCACUUAGUUUAGGGUUGUGGAUUAAUAAGUUUGUCAUGGGAAAGGAUUAUAAGGAUAACGUCCGUGUGUGUAACACGUUGAUAGACAUGUAUUCCCGAUGCGGUCGUGUGGAUUUAGCACGUGAAAUUUUCCACAAGAUGCCAAGACGUAGUUUGGUGUCGUGGAACUCAAUGAUUGGUGGCUUUGCUGCCAAUGGGCAUGUUGAAGAAGCAUUGAAGGUUUUUAAUAAAAUGCUAAAGGAAGGAUUUAAACCUGAUGGAGUAAGCUUUACUGGAGCUCUCAUGGCCUGCAGUCAUGCUGGCUUUGUAGAUCAAGGACAGAAGUAUUUUAAUGACAUGCAAAGAAUCCACAAUCUUUCUCCUCGAAUUGAGCAUUAUGGCUGCUUAGUUGAUUUGUACAGCCGUGCAGGGAAAUUAGAGAAUGCAUUAUAUGUGAUAAAGAAUAUGCCUAUGAAGCCAAAUGAAGUUGUUUUAGGGUCAUUAUUGGCAGCAUGUAGAAAUUGUAGAGAUAUUGGCUUGGCAGAGACGAUCGUUAAUUUUUUGGUUGAUUUGAAUCCUGGUUGUGAUUCCAACUAUGUGAUGCUUGCAAACAUCCAUGCUGCCGUAGGAAGUUGGGAGGGUGCAGGUAAAGUUAGACGAAAACUGAAAACUCGUGGGAUACAAAAGAGACCCGGUAUCAGCUCAAUUGAAAUAGAGGGUGGCAUUCAUGAAUUCGUGGCUGGUGAUAAAUUCCAUUCUGAGACAGAUUCUAUCUAUGAAAUGCUAGAGAUUCUGUCUUAUGAGCUUAUGAUAUAUGGAUAUAUUCGACAUGAUUCCAUAUCAGAAACUUAAAGGUGAUCUCAAUUAUUCUCGUAAGCUGAAAUUUUUGCAUCUAAAGGAACUAGAUUAUACAAUGAAAUUCCAUUCACUCAAUAGACAGAAAACUAUGCUUUACCAAUUUUCAUGCACAGCUGAGUAACUUCCUUGACACAAGUGUCUUGAAUAUGUUUUCGACAUAGUUCUCUUUGUAGUGAAAGGUUGAUAUUCUUCUUCCUUAUCUAUUGGAGUAUGUGAUAGUAGUAUGACAGCUUUGAUAAGGGUAAACAUUGCAAGCAAUUCAAAGUUUUUUGAUCUAAU